UUUGCAUCUUCGAUUCGUCCCCACCGAAAUUCUCUAUGUCACAGUCUACCUCAAUGAUGACUCAAGCUACUCAGGUUCACACAUACUCAGGUUCACACAUACUUUAGUCAACUUUAACCAUCCGCUCUAUCCACCUCUCCCUAUCUAUAUAAACCGUCACUCCCUGCUGUUCAUCAUCAAGAAAGACGGCAAAGAUGGCCAAGAUAACAACCCUUUUCUUGACGUCUCUCCUCCUCCUCUGCGCGAUCUUAUCCUGCUUUGCUCGCCCCAAGCCAGUGUUUCUCGAUGUUACUCCAGUCCAGACUCAACGUGCGGGCGUGGAAACGAAGCACAACGUUGACUUGAUGGAUGAGAGCUGCAAAGGAGUUGGCGAAGAAGAAUGCUUGUUGAGGAGGACUCUGGCUGCUCACAUCGACUAUAUCUACACCCAAAAGCAUCAUCCUUGAACUUAACCUCCUCUGUUGGCGAUUAGGAAAAAAAAAAUUAGAGGCUUGAACGGUUUAGUGGGCCUCUACUAACCUUGUUGUGAAUUACGAAACAUAUACUACGGUGGGAAUGAGAAAUUUGCUCGUCACUGAGAGUGGAUUCCGAGUGUGUUUGCUUCUGAGAGUUCGUUUCUUAAUUUCAAUAUUAUGUUUCUUAUGUAUCUUUUGCCCUACUAAUCUCUUUUGAGAAUAUUUUAUUGAAUGCCCUUCCAAUUA